CAGACAGGUGGUGACAGAGAAGGCCCUGAUCCCAUUCAUUGAUGAGGUGCUCAAUCUCAUGUCCACACGUGAGACUGAGGUGAACAACCAUGAGAGCUUGCAGGGUCAAUGGGUGGAAGAGGUACGUACAACCACCAUCAAGCACAGACGAUACGCCUUGGAGAAGAUCGAAGCACACCAAUUCAUCGACCCAGAAAGGGUCGUUAAAGAUGCCAUGGUUGGGACCUCUGAAUGGGGCAGAGAUCUGCUGCACGAAUUCGAUGAGGAGUAUCAUAAGUCAGAGGUGGCGUCGAGACACCUCGCAUACGGUAUCUACACAAGUGGUUCAACCGGAAAGCCCAAAGGCGUUCUCUUACCCCACAGAGGUGUCGUCAACUUCCUGCUGGCCAUGCAAGAUAAACCAGGAUGCAAGCCUCAUCAAAAGUACACGC